AUGAACGCAUUCCCAAUCGGCUCGCGCGUCUUCUUCUACGACUCCAUUGGACGACUCGUGGGAGGUGUGGUUGAAUCGACGAGCCGCAUGGCAGAUGGUAUGCAAGUACUUCAGAUCAAGCGCGAAAAUGGAAGAACCAUAACCUUACCAGUCGACAAAGCAGACCUACCACAAUAUGCAGACAAAAUAGAUGUUGCUAUCCUCUACAUCACAUCGACAUUGAUCCUCUCAGAGGCUAAGGCGUCGUCACUAUCAGACUUGAAAGGCGACCACCAACCAAGAAUCGCGGAUGGGGAUGGACCGUGCAUGUUGACCGGAAUUGAGACGAGAGGCAUCCCGUACAAUGCACUUGUGAUGAAGCUGGAUACUUAG